AUGCCUCCACGGGGCCAUUACUUCAUCAAUUCCCUCUUCCCUCUCCACGCCAUUUCCAGCCCCGGCGCUCGCUUCUCUCUUCCUUCCUCUCCUCCUCCUCGCCCCUCCCUCCCUUUCUUCCCCCUCCCCCUCCCUCUCCCUCUCCCUCCCCCUCCCCCUCUCCCUCCCUCCGAUUCUCGUAGCCGGCCGCCGCCCGCAUCGCCUCGCACGCCCCGCUCUCGCCGCCCAACGACCACCAGAAGCGCCACCACCCGCCGCCGCCCCCACCACCGCCUCGCUCGGCAGCUCUCGCCACCGGAAACCCUGGCGCAGAAGAUCGGAAAGGCCACGCGGCGCCCUGGCGCCGCUUCCAAGGCCAGGGUUUACACCGACGUCAAUGUGAUCCGUCCGAAGGAGUACUGGGAUUACGAGUCGCUGACUGUUCAGUGGGGGGAACAAGAUGAUUAUGAAGUUGUGAGGAAGGUUGGGAGGGGCAAAUACAGCGAGGUGUUUGAAGGUGUUCACUGCACGGACAACGAGAAAUGCAUUAUCAAGAUUCUCAAGCCUGUCAAAAAGAAAAAGAUUAAGAGGGAGAUCAAAAUAUUGCAAAACCUUUGUGGUGGACCUAAUAUUGUGAAGUUGCUUGAUAUUGUUAGAGAUCAGCAGUCGAAGACCCCAAGUCUGAUUUUUGAAUAUGUCAAUAACACAGAUUUCAAAGUGUUAUAUCCGACCCUUUCUGACUAUGAUAUUCGCUAUUAUAUUUAUGAACUUUUAAAGGCAUUGGACUAUUGCCACUCACAAGGGAUUAUGCAUCGUGAUGUCAAGCCACAUAAUGUCAUGAUUGAUCAUGAGCAGCGUAAACUUCGUCUUAUAGAUUGGGGCCUCGCCGAAUUUUAUCAUCCUGGAAAAGAAUACAAUGUUCGCGUUGCUUCCAGGUACUUCAAAGGACCCGAGCUGCUUGUUGAUUUGCAGGACUAUGAUUACUCUUUAGAUUUGUGGAGCCUUGGGUGUAUGUUUGCAGGAAUGAUCUUCCGUAAGGAGCCAUUCUUCUAUGGGCAUGAUAAUUAUGAUCAACUGGUCAAAAUAGCCAAGGUACUUGGCACUGAUGAGCUAAAUGCUUACCUUAACAAGUAUCGUAUAGAGCUUGACCCACACCUUGCAUCACUUGUUGGGAGACAUAGCCGGAAGCCAUGGUCAAAAUUCAUAAAUGUUGACAACCAACAUUUAGUUGUCCCUGAGGCCAUUGACUUUGUGGACAAGUUGCUGCGAUAUGAUCAUCAGGAGAGGCCGACUGCAAAGGAGGCAAUGGCUCAUCGUUAUUUUUCCCCUGUAAGAAAUGCAGAAAGCAGCAGAAAUCGUGCCUAAAGAUUUGAAGCUUUGCCGGCCUUUGAUUCAUAUGGCUCCUUGGAUUGUUGGGACCUCUCUCUGUAACCUUACUGGACUGUGGACUGAGGUUGCAGGUUGAAAGUUUAAACAUGCGUUACCCUUGUCAUUAGACAAUCAGCUUAUUCCUAUUAUAUUUACUUGUUUUUCUGUUUUUGUGAGAACUUGUUCAGGCUAGUGGGGCUCCUGGUGGACUUGCAUAUUCAAAGUCUUUUGUGGUUUGAAAUUGGAACUUUGUGCUGCUAAAAAGUGAAUAACCUUAGCCUGACGUAAGGCAAUGGGAUUAUUCUCAUGCUCUUCUUAACGCUGUACAUUUUCAUAGAAAUCUUUCUAGUCAAAUAUUUCCUUGA